ACUAUUCGAUCAAUCACACUUUGUAAGUUUUCUGCCACCACCUUGACGUAGAAUAAUAAGAUAGCAGUAGUGUUGGUACAGGAUGAGGGAGAGAGAGAUGAUGGGUAAUGAGGUUAUUUAGGAAGGAAGUGAAGGGUCAUUUAAUGAAGGAGUCCGCGUUAUGGGGGCAACAACAGGAAAGCUGGGAGUGUCAGUAAGUGUGGCGUGCAUGACUGAGCAAGUGUAAUGGUGAAUGUUAAUACCUCCAAAAAUCGAAUCAAUAUCUUCCGGCUUUCUCACGGAAAAUCAAAGGAAAAAGAAAGUAGGCAAAUAAAGGGAAAAUAUUGUGUUUGGAGAAAGUGGUAAUGUUGGUACUAACGAGACUGAUGAAAUAUUUCGUAACACGGUAAUAACUUGGCUUUUACGGUAAUCUUCACUGCGGCUGGGUGGCCUCUGUGGUUUUUACUUCGUGUGUUUGAUGCAGAAACUGUGAGAACCAGCUCAUUUUCUGACUGGUGAUUUUGGGUUGUUUCUUUAGCUUUUGCCUUUCGGUUUUUAUUUUGGUGAUGGUGAGUUAAAAUUUCCCAUUGGCAGUUCACUGUUCCACUGAAUUUCCGAUCUUGACGCAAAACGAUUGGAAUGCUGGUGUAAUAGUUCGGAUGGAAUGCCGGUGUAAUAUGCCAGUCCCAUUGGUGUUUGCAAUUGCUUCUUCCUUGAUACGGUUUUAGAUUUAUUGGUUUCGUUUUUGCUGAUAAUCAUAGCCUGAUACCACCUCAAACUUGGAAUGCUUAAUUUCACCUCAUUACAUGUAACUUUUUAUUACACUAACCAGCUUUGUAGAUUUGAUAUGUGGGUCUUGGUUUUUGUUGGAAUUUACACGGAGAGUGGCUUUUGGGGUUCUGUGUUUAUGUUUCCAACUUGAUAUGGAGCACAUUUCUUCAUGUGGGGUUUUAGGUCUAUAACAUUAUACAACAAAGACAUGAUCUUCAGCUUAAAUAUUUUACUAGAUUUCUGUGAUGUACUCUGAUAGAUUCCUUUAGAUUUCAGUUAUAAUUUUUUUGUGACUUUGUUGUUGGUAGUUGAUGUUUGGUUGCUCAUUACUAUAAUUAACUUCUGUUUUUUGUGAUCUCUCUCCCAUUUAUUCCCGUACCGGUGCAAAAAUAAAGAGAGAUGCUUGUUGUCUACCGUUUUGGUGGUUUCUUCGACUGAUGCCGAGAUGCUGUUUCCGUUUCAGGUUUUUUCAAACUUCAACGGUGGAAGAAAUCAUACAUAAAUGUGCUUUGUUUGAUUUGUAGAUGUUGGAUUUGAAACUUGGAGCUUUAGAGGCCACAAGAGGGCCUGGUGGUAUGAAUGCUUAAAAAAUAAUGGAAAACAAAGAAACAGAGUGAUCAGGAAGAGAGAAAAUAAAUAGUGGGGGAAGUGAGGUGGAUUCAGAUUUGUGCUUGUGGCUGUCGCAAGUCUCAGCAUUAUUUUAAUGUUAGGAGUCUGUUGGCGAUGUCUCCUGGGCUGACUAGGUGCACCCGGACUCCGUGGGCUUUGCCGCCGACCAAGGAAACAGCCUCUUCUUUGCCUCUCUUGGCAUUCAAGAGAGUCUUUUCUUAAAAAAUUGCACAAGUCCAUCUUGUGUUUCCCUUCAUCUCUUUCUCUCUCUUACUCAGACUCUGUGCCUCGGUUUGCUGUCAAAAAAGAUUCGCUCUCAUAGCACCACAAGCAUAUAUCCUUCCCCUCUUUGAGAUCCUUCUUUUCUCUCUUGGAGACCAGGAGCUUGGUUGCAUUGAGAAAUCUGGUCCCCACACCUGGGACUCUUCUUUCUAUUUCUGGGUAUUUUCCCUCGAUUGAAAAGUUGAUGUAUGGGGAUGUGUCGGGGUGACUAGCACUACUCAGUUGAGUGUUGGAGAAGGCUGGUUUGAAGGUAUAAAGGGUGAAGCUGAUCUCUUGCUCUCAAAGAUGAAGUUUAUGAAACUUGGAUCGAAGCCGGAUUCCUUUCAGACUGAUGGGAACGAAUUCAGGUAUGCAGCAAGUGAGCUGGCAACAGACAUUGUUCUUAUUGUGGGGGAUGUAAAAUUCUAUCUUCAUAAGUUUCCUCUACUGUCUAAGAGUGCCCGCUUGCAGAAGUUGGUCACAACCACUAACGAAGACAACACAGAUGAAAUUCACAUGUCUAACAUACCUGGUGGUCCAUCUGCCUUUGAGAUAUGUGCCAAGUUUUGUUAUGGCAUGACUGUCACCCUCAAUGCUUACAAUGUUGUUGCAGCUCGAUGUGCAGCCGAGUACCUAGAAAUGAAUGAGACUAUGGAGAGAGGGAACCUCAUUUAUAAGAUUGAUGUCUUUCUUAGCUCUAGUAUUUUCCGCAGCUGGAAAGAUUCUAUCAUUGUUCUGCAGACUACAAAGUUUCUGUCACCCUUAUCUGAGGAGUUGAAGGUGGUCAGCAACUGUAUUGAAUCUAUAGCUACCAAGGCCUGUGUUGAUGUUUCCAAGGUUAACUGGUCUUAUACCUAUAAUCGGAAGAAGCUCCCGGAGGAAAAUGGGAAUGAUUCGACCUGGAAUGGUGUCAGAAACCGUUCAGUGCCAAAAGACUGGUGGGUUGAAGAUUUGUGCGAGCUUGAAAUUGAUCUAUAUAAGCAUGCUCUAAUGAAUAUUAAAACUAAAGGGAUAGUUUCAAAUGAUGUGAUUGGGGAGGCCUUGAAAGCCUAUGCCUAUAGAAGGUUGCCCGGUUUCAGCAAGGGUUUGAUUCAGUCAGGAGAUAUGGUAAAGUAUCGGUCAAUAGUGGACACAAUAGUGUGGCUGUUGCCUGCAGAGAAAGGCAGUGUCACUUGUAGUUUCUUGCUCCAGUUGUUGAAAGCCUCCAUUUUUAUGGACUCAGGAGAGAUGGCCAAGGUCGAGCUGGUAAGGAGAAUAGGACAGCAACUGGAGGAGGCUUCUGUAAAUGAUCUUUUGAUCCGAGCAUCAGAAGAGGAAACUACUAUGUUUGAUGUUAGUUCAGUACAGAAAAUAGUACAAGAGUUCCUAAUGCAAGAUCAGAAUGCUGAGAUUGAAUCACUCGAAGAAAGCAAUGAGCUUCAUGAGACAAGAAGACCAGGGAUUUUAUUGGAUGCUUCCAAGCUGAUGGUAGCAAAAUCGAUAGAUGGAUACCUUGCUGAAAUCUCUAAGGAUCCCAACCUACCCUUGUCGAUGUUUGUUGAUCUUGCCAAUAUGGUGUCCGGUAUCUGUCGGCCUGCUCACGAUGGGCUUUAUCGUGCCAUUGACAUGUAUCUAAAGGAGCACCCAGGGAUCAGCAAGAGCGAGAGGAAGAGGAUAUGCAAGCUGAUGGACUGCAAGAAGCUUUCAGUUGAUGCAUGCAUGCAUGCUGUUCAAAAUGAGAGACUGCCAUUGCGUGUAGUUGUGCAGGUACUCUUUUUUGAGCAGGUUAGGGCUGCUGCAUCUUCAGGCAGCAGCACUCCUGACCUACCAAAAGGCAUCAAGGAUCUAAAUAGCGGCUCUCAUGGGAGCUCGAGAUCAGCAACAACAAACACAGAGGAAGACUGGGAUGCAGUGGCGACAGCUGAGGAGCUCAAGGCACUAAAGGGGGAGCUAGCUGCUUUAAGGUUGGCCAAUGGAGUUGGUGGCAGUGAGAGGAAUGAUGAUGUUAAAGGUAAUGUUGACAAAGCUGCCAUUAACAAAAUGAAAGGGCUGCUCAAGUCAAAGAAAAUCUUUGCCAAACUGUGGUCUAGCAAAGGGGGGCAAGGUGACAAUAGUGGCUCGGAUUCAUCAGAGAGUCUAGGUUCUGCCAACCCAGAGGAAGUUAAAUCAACACCUUCCCGAAAUAGGAGGCAUUCAGUAUCUUAGAUUCAAUCGACAGAAAUAGUGUUGGUGGGUUCUUUUGGGCCUUUUGCUUUCUUAAUGACAUUAGCAAACUUCAACAGUAGUGCUUAUCGUUUAAUGUAGCAAAAAUGAAGUGCAUAUAGAUUUUAGAUGAGGAGUUGAGAGUUGGUUUUGCUGAGAAAUUUACUGUUAGUAGAGAAAUUUCUCACUUGAGGGAAUAACAAAGAAGGGUAACCGGUAGAUAAGUCAAAUGCCCAAAGAGGUAAGAGUUGUUGCCAUUUAAAAGGGUGUUUUGA